AGGUGCAACAGGAAAGGCCGCCUUUUGAGACACAUACUUCACCAACUCAUAUCAAUGAAGAUCAACUCGAUAAACUUAUUAAAGAACUAGACAUUAUUGAAGCAGUAAUUUCUAUGGGUUUUCCUAAAAAUCAUGUGAUGACAACUUUUCAUAACCAACUCAAAGAGAAAGGGAUACCUUUCUUUAACCUUGAGUCAUGUAUUGAAGCGAUCUUAUCCCAUAUGGAAAACGAAAAUAGAAAAGCUCUAAAUUUGGCUUCUAACCGAGAAACAGAAGUUGAAGUCAAAGUAAGUACUAGCUCACAACAUGUGGCACUGACCGAGGUUGAUGUUGUCCCAAGCCCACCAAUAUUUGGUGAUAUAACUGCAAAAACGGAGUUGGCUUCUAACCAAGAAAUAGAAGAGGAAGUACAGAAUCUAAGCCCACCACAAGCGGAAGCCGUAACCUUAAUACAAGCAAUUGAUGAAUUAAAACCACCAAUGUCUAUAACACAAAUGGUUCCUGUCCUAAAGCCACCAGUUUCUGUUGGAUCUUCAGGUAAAAUAGGACAAACAUCAUUGGAGAGAAUUUGUGAGUGUAAGAUUUGUAUGGAUGCAGAGAUAGAGCUAGUGUUUAUUCCUUGCAGUCAUAUGGUCGCUUGCUCCAAAUGUGCAUUAGCCUUGUUUAUAUGUCCAAUCUGUAGAACAGAUAUAAAAUUUACUAUUAGGCCAAUUUCCUCAUAA